GUGCAAUAUCAUUUAAAACGACGACAUGUUUCUUACCAAGAUUCUCUUUUUAUUUGGAUUAAUGCAGUUGAUAAAUUUAUCAACAGCAGCGCCAUUACCGGAUAGCGCAGGAAUCGUUGAGAUGGUAAACGGAUUGGCAUACGGUGGUAUUCCUUACGGGAGUGUAUCAGGUAUGCUAGCAAAAUAUCCUGGAUUCUCAUCUCAAGAAGCUAUUCAAUCAAGAAGAUUAUCCACGGUGAAAGCUAUUCGACCUGUAAUCGUGACGCCAAAUUUUAGAGCAACGAGAUUGGCUGUCAACCAUGGAACGCGACCUGUUCAAAUUUAUAAUCUUCCAGGUGUUAUCGCACCUGGUAUCAUCGGCACGAUUAGUCAAAUUGGAUUUUGAAAGAUUCAUCCUCAUUAUUUUCUCAUUGACAAUCAUGUUCUGUUAUAUAAAUACAUUUUGUUGAGGAUUCGAAUCUCUUCGUUAGGUAUCAUUUCGCAAGGAUUCAAUAACGAAAAGAAAUUAAUCUUGUAAAUGAAAUUUUUAAAGAUUAAUA